GUGGCAGUCCACUUUCAAGCUGCCGAUUGCCCAAGGACUUUGGAAGAAGCCACAGUGCUCUUCUCGAGGUUGGGUGAUGUGGCUCGGCUGGACACUUCCUUGGGUUCCGUCACCGGCCUGGUCUUCGUGACCUUCUUUGACGUGCGUGUGGCACAGAAGGUAUUGCAACAAUUUGGGCCUUGCGCUGAACCCUUCCAGCCGGCUGUCCAUGACUUCCGUGCGGUGAGCCUGGCAACUUCUGUCUUUGCCGAGCUCUCUGCUCAAUUUGGAGGCUUUCAAAGCUUUGGUGAGAUCGCGGGCGUGUCCAGCUGCGGCGAGGACAUUGUUGUGGAGUUCUACGACAUGCGUGCCGCUCAUCAGGCAACUUUCUGUGUACCUGGCACUCGACCGAAGAAGAACGCGGGACUCACAUCUCCGUCGUCUUCGGUAUUGGCAAGCAAAAUGCCUGUAUCCCACUAUGUUUCUGGUACAGACUGGGUGCAGGAGACGAUGAAUGUGUGUGCUACUCCAUCCAUGAAUCAGGUCGAUCCCCUGGUGGCUCCUCCUGCUGGGCCUGUUGGGGGCGUUCGUCAAACUGAAACACCGAAGAGUGGCGCGACCUACCAAGGACCUGGAAAACCGUUGCGGGAGAAAGUGCGUACACAGGACUUGUCCAAGUUUAACAUUAUUCCGGAGAAGAUCCGCUCUGGCGAAGAUACCCGCACAACGGUGAUGGUGCGCAACAUUCCAAAGGCAUGCAGCCGCGAGGCCAUCGUGGAGCUUCUAUCGCCUUGUGGAUUGGCCAACAGGUACACUUUCUUCUACAUGCCCUUCGACAAGCGCCGCAAUGUGCAUUGCGGAUUCGCCUUCAUCAAUUUCAGGUCGCCUGCUGACGUUCUGGUACUCUUUGAGUGCAUGACGCCCUCCUUUUGGCGCUCCUACUUGAACAAGACGCAUCUCACCGCCGCCACAAUGCCUGCGGUGAGCUACGCUCGCCUGCAGGGUCAUGAGCAGCUGACAAAGCAUUUCAGCCUGUCGGCGGUGAUGCGUGACAGCGAUGCCCGUAAGCGCCCCGUCUUCCGCCAGAAGCAAGCGACGAAUGCCAGCUACGAGGAGUUGGAAUCGCUGGCAGAUGCAGCGUUGGGUCACAUGGAUGCCGAGUUGGAUGACAAGUACCAGCCAUGCUAUGUCUCGAUGAGUGGCCUGCAGGAGACAGAUGCUGCCAAACUGCAGGAAGACUUGAGCUUUCUGGGACCUGAGGGCAUUUCGUUCCUCUUGGGACCUGGCUGCGGUGCUUGAGGUGAGGAUUUCGAGAUGAAUGCAAGCCAGCUGGGG